AUGAACACGGUGGAAGCUCUAGAUGCUAACCCCAACAAACAGGCGCUUGUGUCUUUCAAAUCUACAGUCUCGGACCCUCAAAAUGCUCUCUUAGAUUGGAACUCCAGCUCAUCUCACUGUACUUGGUUUGGUGUCACUUGCACCAGGAACAGAACCACCGUCCAAUCUCUCCACCUGCCUGGAGUUGGCCUCUCUGGUAUUAUACCUCCACACCUCUUCAACCUCACAUCUCUUCAAGUUUUAGAUCUUUCUAAUAAUUCCUUCCAAGGCCAGAUCCCUGCUGGGCUCUCCCAUUGUUAUAAUCUCAGAGAGAUCAAUUUACGGAGGAACCAACUUGUGGGUUCCCUUCCAUCUCAAUUAGGCCAUCUGUCUAGACUGAAAUUUAUGGAUGUGUAUGCCAACAAUCUUAGUGGUGCAAUCCCUCCAACUUUUGGAAAUCUCACCUCUCUUACCCAUCUAAACCUAGGAAGAAACAAUUUUCGUGACGAAAUUCCAAAGGAGUUGGGUAAUCUCCAUAAUUUAGUUCUUCUUCGCCUUUCAGAGAACCAAUUUUCUGGCCAGAUACCUAAUUCACUUUAUAACAUUUCUUCUUUAUCUUUUCUGUCACUAACCCAAAAUCAUCUUGUUGGAAAACUACCAACUGAUAUGGGUCUUGCUCUCCCUAAUCUCAGGCAACUCUUGUUGGCUGAGAACAGCUUUGAAGGAUUGAUACCCAGUUCUUUAAACAAUGCUUCAGAAAUUCAGUUUCUUGACCUCUCUUCAAAUUUAUUUCAAGGGUCAAUUCCUUUCCUUGGGAACAUGAAUAAACUUAUCAUGCUAAAUCUAGGAGUGAAUAAUCUCUCUUCCACCACAGAGCUGAAUCUUCAGGUAUUCGAUUCCCUCACAAACUGUACCCUAUUGGAAAGCCUCAUUCUGAAUUCCAACAAACUGGCCGGCGACCUUCCAAGUUCAGUUGCAAAUCUGUCAGCCCAUCUUCAACAUUUUUGCAUUGAAAGCAAUCUCUUUACUGGGAAAUUACCCAGAGGAAUUGAUAAGUUUCAGAGCCUCAUAUCCUUGACUAUGCAGCAAAAUCUUUUCACAGGCGAGCUACCAAAUUCCAUAGGAAGACUCAACAAACUGCAGAGAAUUUUUGUCCACGAAAACAUGUUCUCAGGAGAAAUUCCUAAUAUCUUUGGGAAUCUUACACAAUUGUAUAUGCUCACAUUGGGAUACAAUCAGUUUUCUGGUAGAAUCCCUGUGAGUAUUGGUGAAUGCCAGCAAUUAAACACCCUGGGUCUAUCUUGGAACAGGCUAAAUGGCAGCAUACCAAUAGAGAUUUUCUCACUCUCUGGUCUCAGUAAACUAUGGUUAGAAAAAAAUUCUCUGCAGGGUUCUCUCCCCAUUGAAGUCGGUAGCCUGAAGCAGCUCUCCUUAUUGAAUGUUUCUGACAACCAGUUGUCCGGAAACAUCACAGAAACAAUUGGCAACUGCUUAAGUUUGCAGACUCUUAGCAUGGCAAGAAAUGGAAUAAUGGGCUCAAUACCGGAUAAAGUGGGCAAACUAGUGGCAUUGAAGAGCUUGGAUCUUUCUUCCAACAAUCUCUCUGGCCCAAUCCCCGAAGAUUUAGGGAGUCUUAAGGUUUUGCAAAGCUUAAAUUUGUCUUUCAAUGACUUGGAAGGACAAGUUCCAAGGAGUGGGGUGUUCAUGAAUCUUAGCUGGGAUUCUCUCCAAGGAAAUGAUAUGCUUUGUGGAAGUGACCAAGAGGUUGCAGGGAGCUGA